AUGGACAAAAUCUCGGAUCUCGCUUCCAAGAUCGGAGGCGGCAAGGGCCAAGAAUUUGUUGAUAAGGGUCUCGGCGCCGCGGAGAAGAAGUUUGGCGGUAAUGACCCUGCGAAGAAGGUCACUGAUACCGGCCGUGAGCAGUUGGAGAAGACUGGAAAGAGCAUCCCCGACAAGUUCUCACACUAA